GGAGAGAUACCGGAGAGGGUAGGAGCUCCAGGAGCUGAAGCCCGUGGGCCUGAAAGAAGGGCAUCGUCAAGCCAGCCUCCUGCCCUGGGCUCCUUCUCCCUCCCCAGCUCAGUCUGUAGAAGACCAAGGCCUGCAUCAAGCAAGGAGCAUGGAAAGAGAGGGAAUGGCCCCUGGGAGCUGCAGACCUCCACCCCAGGAGUUGGUGACAUUCCAGGAUGUGGCUGUAGACUUCACCCCAGAGGAGUGGGGCCUCUUAGACCAUCCUCAAAAGGAAUUGUACAAGGAGGUCAUGCUGGAGAAUGGCUGUAACCUGCUCUCCUUGGGGCUUCCAGUUCCCAGAGAAUAUUUGAUUUCUUAUUUGGAGGAAAGGGAAGUACCAUGGAUUCUGGAACAAGAAGCCCUGAGAAGCUCCUGUCCAGAAGGAGAGAUUGGACCUGAAAUAAGAGAGACUACUGAAAAGCUAAGGAUUUCUGUGAAAGAAACUCACAAAGAAAGCUUCAUGUGUGAUGUUCCCUGUGACUUUACUGGGAGAAAAAUCUGUGCUGUUUUUCACAGAAUCCACACAAGAGAGAAACCUUAUGAUUGUCAUCAUUGUGGGAAAGACAUGAGUCAGCAGUCAUCCCUGAUUUGCCAUCAAAAAACUCAUACUGGAGAGAAACCACUUAAGUGUCAUGAAUGUGGAAAGGCAUUCACACAGAGCUCCAAACUUACUCAACAUCAGAGAAUCCACACUAGGGAGAAACCUUAUGAGUGUAAUCAGUGUGGAAAGACUUUCACAAAAAACUCUAGUCUUACUGUACAUCAGAGAAUCCACACUGGGGAGAAACCUUUUGAAUGUAAUCAAUGUGGAAAGGCUUUUACACAGAGCUCCAAACUUACUGCACAUCAGAGAAUCCACACUGGGGAGAAACCUUACAAAUGUAAUCAAUGUGGAAAGGCUUUUGCAGAGAGGUCCAAACUUGCUGCACAUCAGAGAAUCCAUACUGGAGAGAAACCUUAUGAAUGUAAUCAAUGUGGAAAGGCUUUCAGAAUAAACUCCCACCUUGCUGCACACCAGAGAAUCCACAGUAAAAAGAAACUUUAUGAAUGUGAUCAAUGUGGAAAGGCUUUCAGAGAGAACUCCAAAUUUGCCCUACAUCAGAGAGUUCACAAUGGGGAGAAACCUUAUGAAUGCAAUCAAUGUGGAAAGGCUUUCACAGAGAGCUCCAGUCUUGCUGCACAUCAGAGAAUCCACACUGGGGUGAAACCUUAUGUAUGUAAUCAAUGUGGAAAGACUUUCACAAAAAACUCUAGUCUUACUGUACAUCAGAGAAUCCACACUGGGGUGAAACCUUAUGAAUGUAGUCAGUGUGGAAAGGCUUUCACACAGAGCUCCAAACUUGCUGCACAUCAGAGAAUCCACACUGGGGAGAAACCUUAUGAAUGUAAUCAAUGUGGAAAGGCUUUCCGAAUCAACUCCAAACUUGCUGCACAUCAGAGAAUCCACACUGGAGAGAAACCUUAUGAAUGUAGUCAGUGUGGAAAGGCUUUCCGAAUCAACUCUAAACUUGCUGCACAUCAGAGAAUUCACACUAGAACGAAACUUUAUGAAUGUGAUCAAUGUGGAAAGGCUUUCAGAGAGAACUCCAGACUUGCCCUACAUCAGAGAAUCCACAAUGGGGAGAAACUUCAUGAAUGUAAUCAAUGUCGAAAGGCUUUCACACAGAGCUCUAGUCUUGCUGCACAUCAGAGAAUCCACACUGGGGAGAGACCUUAUGAAUGUAAUCAAUGUGGAAAGGCUUUUACAAAAAACUCUAGUCUUACUGUACAUCAGAGAAUCCACACUGGGGAGAAACCUUAUGAAUGUAAUCAAUGUAGAAAGGCUUUUACACAGAGUUCCAAACUUGCUGAACAUCAGAGAAUCCAUACUGGGGAGAAACCUUAUGAAUGCAAUCAGUGUGGAAAGGAUUUCACGCAGAGCUCCAGUCUUGCUGUACAUCAGAGAAUCCACACUGGAGAGAAACCAUAUGAAUGUAUUCAAUGUGGAAAGACUUUCAGAAUCAAUGCCCAACUUGCUGCACAUCAGAGAAUCCACACUAGAAAGAAACUUUAUGAAUGUGAUCAAUGUGGAAGGGCUUUCAAAGAGAACUCCAAACUUGCCCUACAUCAGAGAAUCCACAAUGGGGAGAAACCUUAUGAAUGUAAUCAGUGUGGAAAGGCUUUCACAGAGAGCUCGAGUCUUGCUGCACAUCAAAGAAUCCACACUGGGGAGAAACCUUAUGUAUGCAGUCAAUGUGGAAAGGCUUUCACACAGAGCUCCAAUCUUGCUGCACAUCAGAGAAUCCACACUGGAGAGAAACCUUAUGAAUGCAAUCAAUGUGGAAAGUCUUUCAGAAUCAACUCCAAUCUUGCUGCACAUCGGAGAAUCCACACUAGAAAGAAACUUUAUGAAUGUGAUCAAUGUGGAAAGGCUUUCAGAAUAAACUCCCACCUUGCUGCACAUAAGAGAAUCCACAAUGGGGAGAAGCCUUUUGAAUGUAAUCAGUGUGGAAAGGGUUUCACAGAGAGUUCCAGUCUUGCUACACAUCAGAGAAUCCACACUGGGGAGAAACCUUAUGAAUGUAGUCAAUGUGGAAAGGCUUUCACACAGAGAUGCAAUCUUGCUGCACACCAGAGAAUCCACACUGGGGAGAAACCUUAUGUAUGUAAUCGAUGUGGAAAGGCUUUCUAUUCUAGCUCCAAUCUUGCUGCACAUCAGAGAAUCCACAAUGGAGAGAAACCGUAUGUAUGUAAUCAAUGUGGAAAGGCUCUCAGUUCCAACUCUAGUCUUACUGUGCAUCAGAGAAUCCACACUGGUGAGAAACCUUAUGAAUGUAAUCAAUGUGGAAAGGCUUUCAGAAUCAACUCCAAACUUACUGCACAUCAGAGAGUCCACACUGGGGAGAAGCCUUAUGAAAGUAAUCAAUGUGGAAAGAGUUUUACACAGACCUCCACUCUUGCUAUACAUCAGAGAAUCCGCACUGGAGAGAAACUUUAUGAAUGUAAUCAGAAACCUUAUGAAAGUAAUCAAUGUGGAAAGGCUUUCACACAGAGCUCCAAUCUUGCUGUACAUCAGAGAAUCCACAUUGGAGAGAAACCUUAUGAGUGUCAUCAAUGCAGAAAAGCUUUCAAUUUAAGCUAUAGUCUUGCUGCACAUCAGAGAAUCCGCACUGGAGAGAAACCUCAUGCACAUAAUCAGUAUGGAAAGGCUUUCAGAAUCACCUCCCAACUUGCUGCACAUCAGAGAAUCCACCAUAGAAAGAAAUUUGUGAAUGUGAUCAAUGUGGAAAGGCUUUCAGAGGGAACUCCAAACUUGCCCUACAUCAGAGAAUCCAUGCUCUGGAGAAACCUUAUGAAUGGAAUCAAUGUGGAAUGGCUUUCACACAGAACUCCAAUCUUCCUCUACAUUGGAAAAUCCACACUGGAGAGAAACCUAAUAUGAUAAAACCUUUUAUGUAGACUCUCACUUUGUUAUAGAAAUCUGAUGCAAGCAAAGCCCAAGAGACAUAAUUUCUGGAUUUAAUUAAUUAUUGCUAGUGAAUAAUUAACAAAAGAAUGAUUGUUUAGGUAUCUCCUGUAAACUGAAGAUGAAUCAUGGAGGCCUCUCAGCACUUAUAUGCCCUUAGAUAAAUGGGUGUAACCAGCAGGCAUAAAACAAUUCUGAUUGAUUAAAACUUAAUGAGAAUGAGUAUUAUAAUGAGAGCUGGACUUACUCUGCUGAGUGACUGGGGCAUAUGAGUCAUGACUCCAUCUUGGACAGAGAGACUUGUCUCUAUCCAGAUCAACCUUGCCUAGUGCAAUGUAGACCUGAGGGGAAUCCAUUUUCCCUCAGACUUGUCUGACUAAAACACAAUGGGCCUGAAUUCACCUAGACUAAAAUCUCUUUACCUUUUGGUCAGAUCUAAACUUUCCCAGUUGGCCAAGUCUUGUCCAAGAUUUCAUCUCGUUAUUAUCCUUACCUUGCAAAGGUUGGCAGAAUCACCUAUAGGGUCUGAUUUCUGAAUGAGGAAGUGGAAAGUAGGAAAAAGCUUAAUCCUAAUUCAAUAAUUGGCUAUUAAUAUGAGAGAAAUAAUUUCACAUUAGAGCAUCCAUUCUAGAAGACAUAUCUCUGUAAUAUCAUCAAUAUGGAAAGUGUUCAGGCUGAAGUCAUCCUUUAUUUCCCAUCAGAAUUCACAUGAUAGAAAUCAUAUUCCUAUAAUGAAUGUGAGAAGACAUGCAGAUGCACUAUAGAGCUUGUUAGACAUCAGAAAUUUCAUCUUAUGAACAAGCCGUGUUAGAAAUACACUUGAUAUUGAAAUUCUGGUAUCAAGGACAAUUUGUUGUUAUUGAGGAAUCCAAAGGAAUUGUAAAUGUUCCUGGCCAGGAGCGGACUCUGCCCUUCUUUAGGAAGAGGGACUACUGCUUACAAAAAUGAGAUCAGCUUUAUAGUGUUAGACUGAUGAAGAUUGAUACACCAUCAACUGAGUACCUCCCCUCAAAGAGCAGAUUGGUCCACUUCACUCUUCCUGAUAUACCUCUUCACAUGUUCUCUCCUUGAUAGAUGUAAGCAUGUUUCCCUCCCCUCAUCAUUUGUCCCAUGUUCAAACAUGGUGGAAAACUCCUCCCUGUGGGUGUAUAAGGUAACAUUCAAUUAGCCAAUUAAGCAUGCUUGGUAGCCAUUUCACCCAGUUUUCUCCUGAACCCUGAUCAUUAUCUGGCCGGUUUAGACCAGUUUUCCUAACAUCCUGAAUCUUUGGUUUUCAGAAAGCCAUUAUCUGUUCUAUCAUUGGUUGGGUCCAUCUACCUUAGUCAAUUUUUAUUCCCUUCUUUAUUCAAGCUGACACUUCAUUAAUUAUUCUGUGGAACUUAAUUAACUCUUCUGUGGAAACCUAACUUUCCCUAACUUUAAUACUCUCUCACAGCCCUAUGUGGAGUGAGUUGGGAAGGUUUGCAGCCAGAGAUCAUCCCUUUGUUUACAUCAAGGAUUCAUAGUAGAGAGAAGACUUAUGAAUGUGCUCCUUUUCCUGGAAAAGGCAGGUACUAUGCUUGACUCAAGUGUUCUACCUUAAAUGAGGCUAUGAUAGUCUCCUUGUUUCUUUUUGGCUCUUUUUCUGUUAAAUGUGUUUGCUAGAUAUGUUUCCUGCAGGCUUAGUACCAUCCACCUGCAGAUGCCUGAUUGCUUCAGCUGGAUGUCACCCCUGGCAUAUCCACAACUGUGACGUGUCAUCCCUGGACCUGGCUUCAACCAAGCUCCAGGUGCCAGCUAAAGAACUGACCUCUUCAAUGGGAUGCUGGAUCUCUUCAGCUAGGGACAGCUCUAUGCCCAAUUUCAGCAGGAAGAAGCCAUGGAGUAUGAGACCUUUGCCCACUAAUUAACCCAGGAUUUUGAACCCCAUUCGUUUGAGGGGAGAAUGGUGAUAAUUGAUUUAUGUAUUAUUUUGUGUUAUCCUUGUUAUAUUGUUGUAAAGUUCUGUUGACACCAAUUAACCCAAAACUCCUCUUGACCUCUGUAAUGGAUAAGAAAUAUCUUGGGGCUAAAAUAAUGGUAAUGUAAAUUUAAAUAUCUUUCCCACCCAUUAAUAGGCCCAUGUGACCUGCUUAUGUCCCAGGAAGCCUCAGUCACAUGUGGUGGGAGGAGCUGGCUGAAAUGGAACUGAAAGGUUGUAGCAGGAAAUGCUCAUAGUGAGUUAGAACUAUGGGAGGAGAGGAUCACAGGCAAGGAGUCAGCUAGGAUUUGUGAGUGUUUUUUGGGAAGGCCCCAGUAGGGGCCAGAGAUAUCAAUUGGCUCCCUGCUGUGAUAAUGUACGCUAACUUCUUUGGUGCUAUGAGGAAUUGGAUUUACUGGUUGUGGGAUUGGGUUUUCUGGUAUCUGAAUAAAUACUGGCUUGGUUCUG